UUUAUACAUUUCUUAAUCAUUUUUAAAAUCGUAAUAUUGAGUGCAAUUAAGAAAUUUUAAAAAUGAAAUUUCUUAUAAGUUUAUGUUUCAUUUUGGCUUUGUCAACUUUAGCUUUGGGCAAAUCCAUUAAAUGGGGCAAACGUCAGUAUAAGGAUCAGUUAUUAUAUCGUAGAAAUAUCGUACGUUUUCCCAUCAAAUCACGCUCAAUCCAUACAAAAGUAUCCCAUAUUACCAAUCCAAGGUAUAAUGUAACGGCCGUAUAUGUUUAUGAUCAUUUUACCAAUAGCUCUGGUGCUAUACCCACACAUAUUGAAGGGCUACAGAGACUCAAUGGUGUUCUUUACAAUACAACUACGGUUAUUUUAAAUGGUCAAAAGUCACAAGGCAUUAAUUCUACGGUUGAAAUUUAUGGCAAAUGUUGGAAAUGUUAGAUGUGUGGAGUUCUUAAUUUUUCAAUAUUAAAUAAUUGUUUUUUGAAUAUUUGUGUUUGAUAUAAUUUUUUAAUAAAUUUUGAUUUAAGAAAAAAAGUUUUAUAUCUUAGUUGAAUGUAAGCAUUACGAAAUGCUAAGAACUUAAAUGGUCU